GAUGUACGGUGAAGGGAGGAGGGACGGACAGAUAUCGUUUCGUUGACGCCUAAAAUAAUUAUUUCAUGGUGUUUUGUGAUAAAAUCCAUAUAUGCGGAAUACAUUUAGUGAAUUUAUUAAAUACUUCGAUUGUGUUCGUGUGUAAAGGUGUAAUUGGGUGGCUUAUUCGUUAAUCUCCACUGAUUACAUUCCGACCGCUCCCUCGCGCAAAGUACGUCAGACGUUAAGUAUUUUUCGUACUGUUUGUACUACUUGCGAUAGUAGGCCGUAAUAGUAAAAGCUGUUGGAAAGUGCAUUUGUACGGGAAAUUGUCGGUGUAAAAAACUAUCUCACGUUCCAUUUAUCUGAAAGCGCUAUGAGUUGAUCGUUUAAGUUUGUGAGAUAUUGUCGUUUGUGGCCAUUUUUCGGUACAUUUGUGGGUCAAUCUUCAAACAGUGAUGGCGUUAAGUCGACAGAGACACUAGGGAUAUGAUAGCAGCGCAAUGGACGGCGUAAAGAAAAUACACUCGGGGACGUUGUACCGGAACGGGCCGGUGGAGGGCGCGUACGGUCCGCAGCACAGUCCCGUGUCGCGCUCGGACGCGUCCACGGAGGACGCGGAGCUGUCCGCCGCGCUCGCGCACCAGCACCACCUCGCCAUGCAGGCCGGCGAUUACCAGGGCGUCGGCGCGGGCGUCGAUCCCGACUACGGCCAGUACGUGUCCUCCUCGGGCGCGCACUACAACCACAUGGGACACCUGACCAUGGCACCCUCGCAGAAAUAUCCACAUGUGAUGGAUUCAGUAUCCGUAUCCGGUGGCGGUACGUACGGCGCGACGGGCGGCCAUUACGGAACGUACGGUCAUUACGGAGCCACGGCAUAUCCGGCUCAACCGGCUUAUAUGGUCGAGCCACCGCCCAACGUCCCGCAGUACAUAGGCCAGGAAUAUGUAGAAGGUGGCGGUAGUGCGUCUCCACGAAGCGCCUCGCCCGGUGCUUUGCCCCCUCAACACAAUUUACAUUUACAACAAAGGUACGACUCAGCGUCGCUAGAACAAAUCGGCCGCCAUUAUUGUGUGACGUCACCCCGCGGCGAGUACGCGGCCGACACGUACGGCUACCAGCACUACCCCACCGCUUACGACCCGAACCCGCACCAGCCCCCGCAGUUCAAAGAUUCACAGAAUGGAUUAAGUUUAGGCAGUGCAGGUGGUCAAUCAAUGUAUGGAGAUGAAGAGGAAUUACAGAAACAAAUGGCCAACAUGGCCUUAGUACAUGGCGGUGUCGGUCGCGAAGACGGCGGCGGUCUGCAAUGGCGGGAUCCCAACCUUCCAGAAGUCAUCGGCUUCCUAAACUCGCCCUCGGACGUCGUGAAAGCUAACGCGGCAGCGUACCUCCAACAUCUCACGUAUAUGGACGACCCUAAUAAACAGAAAACUAGAAGUUUAGGCGGAAUCCCACCAUUAGUCCGGCUAGUGUCCCACGAAAACCCCGAAGUGUGUCGCAAUGCGUGCGGCGCCCUUAGAAACUUGUCCUACGGCCGGCAAAAUGACGAGAACAAACGAGCUAUAAGGGACGCAGGCGGCAUUCCUGCGCUCAUGGCGUUGUUAUGUCGAGCUGCUGAUAUGGAGGUAAAAGAAUUGGUGACCGGUGUAAUAUGGAACAUGUCGUCGUGCGAAGAUCUCAAGCAAUCGAUCAUAGAUGACGCGGCUCAAGUCAUUGUCAACAAAGUUAUCAUUCCUCACUCUGGCUGGCAUCCAACCAACCCCGGUGACACCUACUGGUCCACGGUGUUCCGGAACGCGUCGGGCGUGCUGCGCAACGCGUCGUCGGCGGGCGAGUACGCGCGGCGCCGGCUGCGCUGCCUGGGCGGGCUGGCCGAGGCGCUGCUGCACGCCGUGCGCGCCGCCGUGCAGUGCAACGCCAUCGGCACCAAGAUCGUCGAGAACUGCGUCUGCGUGCUGAGGAACCUGUCCUACAGAUGUCAAGAAAUAGAAGAUCCCCUAUAUGACACUAGAGCACCACCUACCCAAUCCUCUGGCCAAGCGAGGAUACAAGCUAGCGCUUCCAAAGGAGAGAACCUAGGCUGUUUCGGCGGCAGUAAAAAGAAGAAGGAAGGCUCAUCGUCGUCCAACUCCACCAGCCCGCUCGGCAAGGGCGACCCCGACCACCACUCCCUGGGCGACACCGGCUCCAGCACCCAGCUCGGGUACAGUGUACCCAAGGGCACUGAAAUGCUCUGGUCACCUGAGGUGGUGCCCCUAUACAUGGCGCUGCUCCAAACGUGUUCCAACCCGGAGACGCUGGAGGCGGCUGCCGGCGCGCUGCAGAACCUCGCGGCCUGCUACUGGCAGCCUUCUAUUGACAUUCGGGCAGCUGUGAGGAAAGAGAAGGGUCUACCUAUACUAGUUGAACUGCUUCGAAUGGAAGUGGACCGUGUCGUAUGCGCCGUCGCCACCGCUCUCCGGAAUUUGGCCAUCGACCAACGCAAUAAGGAGCUUAUCGGGAAAUACGCCAUGCGGGACCUCGUACAGAAAUUACCUAGCGGGAACCAACAACAUGACCAGCAGGGCACAUCGGACGACACGAUCGCGGCCGUCCUGGCCACAUUAAACGAAGUGAUCAAGAAGAGCGGCGAGUUCAGCCGUUCGUUAUUAGAAGCCGGCGGCGUCGAGCGCCUCCUCAACCUCACCAAGCAGCGCCAUCGGCAUACGCCGAGAGUGCUCAAGUUUGCAGGGCAAGUGCUGCAGACGAUGUGGUCGCACGCGGAGCUGCGCGAGGUGUACCGCAAGCACGGCUGGCGCGAGGCCGACUUCCUCACGCCCGCGCGCGCCGCGCAGCCGCGCACCGCCUCCACCACCUCCGGUGGCGGCACGCCGGUGGGCGGCGCGCCGCACUCGCCCAGCAACGCCAACAGCACGCUCAGCCGGCCCAUGGCCAGCACCGGCGGCACGCGCUACGAGGACCGCACCAUACGGAGGCACAGAGAGAACGAUGACGCCCCAACGAUGGACGUGAACAACUACCAAGACGGUCUCGGCAUGGGCAACCCCAACGGCCGGCCCAUGAACCUCCAAGGCGUCCAAGCUUCGAUGCCCAUGCCACCCAGCAGUCGCUAGUGCGCUCAAGAUAGAUCGUGGGGGUAACUCUAAAAUCAACCUUAAUGUGGGGUGGUAAAGUUUAAAGUGUGGCGGUUAGUGUAAUGGGGAGUCGAGUAGAGAGUAUCACAGACAAAUUAAUUAUGAUAGACGCUUGGGUUACCCCAACGGUCGGCCCAUGAACCUCCAAGGCGUGCAGGCUUCCAUGCCCAUGCCGCCCAGCAGUCGAUCGUUGGGGUAACUUGCUUUCACACUCUAAAUUGAGCCUUCGUGCAUGGUGGUAAAGUAUAAAAUGUAGCGGUUAGUGUAAAGGGGAGUCGGACAUUUGCGGUGUUUGGGAGUUAUAAAAACUUAACGGGCAACCCCAACGGCUGGCCCAUGAACCUCCAAAGCGUGCAGGCGACCAUGCCCAUACCGUUUAGCAGUCGUUAGUGCGCUCAACUCGGAUCGAAUUAUAAUAGACGCUUGAAUGGGCAACCCCAACGGCCGGCUGAUGAAACGCCUAGACGUGCAGGUGCACACUAAAAUCAACGUUAAUGUGAGCGCGGUAAAGUUUAAUGUGUGGCGCUAAAUUAAAGUUGCAAGAAGGGUCCUACUGGUGGGGCUGAAAAUUAUAAUAAGACAAAUUAUAAUAAACGCUUGAAGUGAGGCAUUUAUUGAAAUAAUAGUAACUCUUCGUCGGUAACUGUUACGUUACUGUUAAAACUGCUGAAAUAAAACUUGCUGUAACCACGAUAUUAUUUAUCUGAGUAUGUUUUACACACAUAACAAUUUUUACUACUAACAAGGAUAAAAUACCAUUGUAUCACAAAUCUUUAUAUUAAGUAUUUGUUUUCGAGGAUGCCUAUCCUUACGAAGAAGUACCGAUACUCCAUGUAGAGACCAUGCUUGUGGAGGGUCUGCCACCUCGUGACCUGAAUAGAAAACUUUAAUAAUUAACGCCAUUAGCAGGUGCUGCCCCCUACAGUUCACGCACGCUCUAUUGCGCGUAGUAGGGUCUGCCAUCUAGUGGCUUAAAUCUAAAAAUAAAGACAUGACAUUAUGCUUCGCACCAAUGAAUACCUAACUUCUGUGUUGCCCCCUACACACACACACAUCCACGCACCCACACACACAUUCAUGCACUCUUCCUAUAAGGAACAAACCCACUUCUGAUGUCGGCGUUGGAUAAACGAUCACAUAGAUUAAUGAUACUCGAUGAAUGCCAUAGCUAAACGAUACAAUUGAUAAAAAUACAAAUAAUAGGAAUGUAGUGAGGUUGACUGCGACACUUUCCAAUUCAAAUCUGACUGACGGUUCCUCUCAGGAUGCCAGCCCCUUUCGAGCUGUCAUCAGAAUCAGCCAAGAACCAAUCCAAAAGCAGCUGUUCGGGUCAUUCAAAUAAAAGCCACUGUAUCGCAGCCAAAUACACAAGCAUAGACAAUUUCAAUACUUGACAUUCCAUCAAACGCAGCCCUCAUAAAUUCAUAAUAGACGGUCUGCGACAUGUUGAUAAACAUGUUAGUAUCUAUGUUCGAAUUCUGAACUCAACUGUACUUCUAUGGUCGACUCUCGACUCCCCCUUGCACAAGUUACAAUUUCUGUUCUCGCCAAUAUCUAACAGUAUUCAAACGUAAACGAUAAGUAUAAAUGUAGUGCCAUUUUAUAAAAAUACAAACUUUGUUGCAGCGGUUUAUUCAAGUUAUUCUCACGAUCUUGAAAGAAUUGUAAUUUAUAUUACAUAUGAGAGUAUCUUGCACAAGCAUUUAUUGUAAUUAUUAUAAAUGCAUUGAAUAUUAUGUAGUGUUUCGCCUCUAUGACCGUUUUGUUCUGUGUUUUUUUUAAUCAGCGAACGUGCAAUGACGCAUGGUUUUACGAUUAUUCAAUAAAAUGAACCGUUGGUGUCUUUUCUAAACUAUUAUACCAACGUACGUUAUCGAAAUCAUAAUUCAUUUUAUUGAUAUACGUAAAAUCAUUUAAAUCAUGGAACUGUCAGAAAAUAUGAAUAUAUGUAAAUUACGUUUUAAAAGUCGCUUAAAGACAAACAGGUAGUAUUAGGCACUGUUUUAUUUGCGAUAACAACUUAGAAUAAUAAUGCCUAGAAAUAAAUGAUGGCAACCGUAGUGAAGUUAUUAUUACUAUGUAUGACCAGGUUUUCAUACAUUGUACAGUCGUCAUUAGACAUAUCGGAACGGCCAACGUGUUCAAAAAUAUUUGAACAUGGCCUUUAAGAGCCAACAGGAGUGGUCAUUUCUCCAUACAAACGUACUCGACUGUUUCCUCCCUGGUUUUUGAAGCUAGAGGAAUGAUUUUUUCAACACAGAUUAAUAUUGUCAAUAUCUGUGUCGGUGUGUUUUGCUUUUUUUGACAUUUUUGUUUUUUAAGGCGCUAGAGCCCUUCAAACAUGGCCAAAAAUGGCCUCACUGACUAUGCCGCAAUGAGAGGCGUGGUAUUCAAAACUGGUAUCAAUUAGCCAAAAAAUCAAAACAGUCCGACACAGACAAUUUCAUAAUCAUUUAGAUUUCCAAAUUUGGUUACGAUUGCUUAAGUUUUGGAGGAGGAAACAGUCGAGUACGAAACCUCGAUUUUUGAGAUUUUUACGCAGGAUUUUUCGCCUAAGCUGCAGUUGUCCUUAUCGCACUAAUUUUAGGGGCGGGGUCAAGUUUCUAAAUACGUACACGGACAGAAAAGUGAUGGGCAAUAGUCGACAUUGAAAGUCGAUAAUCUAGUGAUGUGAUAAGUUAUCGAUAAACCAUAACAAAGUCGCGAUUUGCCUCUUAGUAGGCAAAGUAAGUAAAGUGAGUAUGCACUUUGGCCUCAGGGGAUAUCGUUUAACACUAUAGGUAUUUAUUAUUCCUUGGUUCAUACAAAGCUGAGCUGACGCACUAGCUACGAGAUUAAGUCCUGGCUACCCCCCAAAAAGGGAGGGGAAAAGUCGGCUUCUGCGGUCCAGUUUGCCUCUAUUUCUACCUAUCUCUUGAUAUGAGAUCAAAUUUGGUAUAAAUUUUGUGUAAAUUAGGGACGAAUAAUUUAUUUUAGAAAUAAUAGUUUCACAUUUUCAUACACAAAUCUGAAUAUACGAACGAAAAAUUAAAACUAUAUAUAAUUUUUGGUCACAGAUUUGCUCUUUAGAAGCAAAUUGUGGUGAUUUGCACUAAAAAUUAAUUACACAAUUUAGUUUAUUCAUUCUUUAUUUAGAAAAGUAUCAGUUCUAAGUACGUAUUAUUAUAUUGCUUUAUAUUUUACAAUUUUCACUAUUAUUCAAAAAUUUAUUUUAAACAAAGUAUUAAUUUUAUUAAAACUUUUGUGACGUGAUCUGAUGAAAGGGGCUCCACGAGGCGAAAUACUUUUUACGCCAAUUAUUUUCUUUUUUUUUAAUUUACAACAAAGACGAAAGUUCGAAAAAAAUGUGGUUACUUAAUAAUUGCCUAACUUGUUGAAAAAAUUACUUUACAUAAUAUCAAUUUAUAACCGUAGUAUAUUCCAUGAUAUGUUUUAAAUACAACAUAUUAUUUCCUAAUUUUUAAAAGAAUAUUUAAUACCUUUAAAAUAAUAUCUGUCUGUCUGUCUGUCAAUCUGCCUGUCCGUCUGUCACCAGGCUGUAUCUCGUGAACCGUGAUAGCUAAAAAGUUGCAAUAUUUACGGAUGAUGUAUUUCUGUUGCCGCUAUAACAACAAAUACUAAAAACAGAAUAAAAUAUUUUUUUAAGUGGGGCUCCAAACAACAAACGGGAUUUUUUGCCGUUUUUUGCGUAAUGGUACGGAACCGACUCGCACUUGGCCGUUUUUUGUUAAUAGCUUUGAACUUUUUUUAUGUGGGAAUAAACGCUUCGAGUACAUUUUUCUAGACAUCAUUCUGAAUCCAAUGAGGUAUCAUACGUAUUUUUAGGAGUUAGUAUCUCUAUUAGUGGCAGCCGUACAAGCCCAAUUUCAAAGAAAAACCGCAAAUCGAUGUACAGGUUAGCCGUUUGGCACACGCAUACUAAGAGGUCAAAACAAAAUUUUUGACCCGCAGUUUCUAAAAAAAAUCCCUUAGGAGGGGUAUGCUGAAACAUUUUUUUUGUAUGAAAAAAAAAAAACAUAUUUUUUUUUCCAAAAACCUAUCGUGUGUGGUAUCAUACGAAAGGGCUUUUUGAGGCGAUUCUAAAAUUAUACCACAUCAUUACAUUUUAGCCAUUUUUUUGUAAAUUAAAACAAAUAGAAUUUCAAAACACACCAAGUUUGGGGUCAAGUUAAAAGGUUAAGUAGAACUGUGUCACUUUGUAUUGAAAAAAAAAAAAAAAACUAAAUAAAUUUUUAAUUGCUUUUUUGGGGUUACAUAUGAGGAUAUCACGUAUCAUUUGUACAAAAAAAAUCAGCCAUAUCGUAUCUGGAGGAGCCCAAACUUGGUAUGUUUUGAAAAUUCUUUUUCUUUCAAUUUAAGAAAAAACCGGCCAAGUGCGAAUCGGAAUCGGGCGCCGAGGGUUCCGUACAUUACACAAUUUAAACAAUGUAUUUUUAUGUGAAACGUGAGUGAAAGGUAAAUUGCGGUUUACGAUUUAUAACGUAUUAAAAAAAAACUACUAACUAGAUCUCGUUCAAACCAGUUCUCGGUAAAAGUUGGCAAGGUAAUGUACAUCAUAUAUUUUUUCAGUUUUAUCAUUCUCUUAUUUUAGAAGUUAGAGGGGGGGUUACACAUUUUACCACUUUGGAAGUGUCUCUCGGUCUCGCGCAAACUAUUCAGUUUAGAAAAAAAAUAUAUGAGAAACCUCAAUAUCAUUUUUGAAGACCUAUCCAUAGAUACCACACACGUAUGGGUUUGAUGAAAAAAAAAAUUUUUGGGUUUCAGUUCUAAGUAUGGGGAACCCCUAAAAUUUUUUUUUUCCUAUUUUUGAGUGAAAAUCUUAAUGCGGUUCACAGAAUACAUCUACUUACCAAGUUUCAACAGUUCUUAUAGUUUCGGAAAGAAGUGGCUGUGACAUACGGACGGACGACAGACAGACAGACAAGACGAAUCCAUAAGGGUUCCGUUUUUUGCCAUUUGGCUACGGAACCCUAAAAAUGGCUAAAAUGCAAUGAUGUGGUAUAUUUUCAGAAUCGCUUCAAAAAGCCCUUUCGUAUGAUAGAUGAGAAGUAUACGAUAGGUUUAAAAAAAAGUUUUUUUUUAUACAAAAAAAGGUUUCAGCACUCCCCUCCUAAGGGAUUUUUUUUUAGGAACUGCGGGUCAAAAUUUUUGUUUUGACUAGUAUAUACGUGUACCAAACGGCUAACCUGUACAUCGAUUUGCGGUUUUUUUAUGCGAACAGCUUACACUAUUUUUUUCACCACCUUGAACCUUUUGUAGACUAGACUAUUGUCCCAAAAUAUUGGGCGACGACCGGUCGUCUGGCCUAGGAGGUAGUGACCCUGCCUGUGAAGCCGAUGGUCCUGGGUUCGAUGAUAUGAUAUGAUGAGCACAGAUAUUUGUUCCUGAGUCAUGGGUGUUUUCUAUUUGUAUUUAAGUAUUUAUACCUAUAUAUUAUGUAUAUCGUUGUCUGAGUACCCAUAACACAAGCCUCCUUGGGCUUACCGUGGGACUUAGUCAAUCUGUGUAAGAAUGUCCUAUAAUUAUAUAUAUUGAUUUAAUAUUUAUUAUUAUUUAUUUAUUUAUUGGGUUUCAUAUUUAUUCCGAUCAGAAUUAGGAGCUCUUCAAUUUAUACCUAUUUUUAUCAAAAUCUGACACAUAAAUAAAAAAACGGACCAUCAAUAAAACUGUAUAAUUAAUUACAUCAAAGUAAGAAAUAUCACAUGUCACAUGUUUCUUUAUUAUGAUAAUUUUAUCUAACCUGAGGCUUUCUUUUUUUCUAUUCAACGGAGCCGGAGAGCGGCAAAUUUGUUUUUCAAGACGCUUGCUCGAAAAGAUCUUAUUUCAUGCAGGUGUACUGAAGGGAAAAGACCUAUAUUUUUCCCGAGGGAGUUAUAGCUUUCUUUUUUAAUUAGGUAUGUCACUAAUUCAUACGAACCAAGUAAGUUAUAAGUAAAAUACUUUGUUUAAAAUCAAGGUAUAAGGGAGUUUUACUUUUAAAAUACUCACGACUAUAAUUUAAUAUUUUUGUUUAUCAUAUUUAAAAAUAUUUAAUUGGAUUAAUUUAACAGCCGUUAUCUUGUAUGUUUUUAUACAACAAUGUUUUCUUGUAUGUCCAUGUUGUGUUAUGUUUUUUUACUAUUCUGUAACUCGAAAUGUUAAUUAGAUUGCAGGUUGUAGAAGGAUAUUGAAUUUAGUUACUAAAAACGCGAGCGGCGUGAGGCCGGCGAGGAGCGCAAAUAACGUGCGCGUCGGUGUGCGUGCACCACACACACUGGGAUAGUCCCUCGGUACGCGGUACCGCCCCCGUCAGCGCGACGACGAUAUUCUCUUUCAAAUCUCAAAAUUGAGUUUGGUCUCGGCUCCUGUUGGCUCUUAACGUCUUGAUAAUAGAUGUGCUCAGAUAUUUGGGAACAGCUUGGCCGCUCAUCGGAGCGGAUCCAAACACGGAGCGGAACAAAGCAAAAAAUCGGGAGGCCGAAGGCCGACCCCAGCGUAGGGCCGAAGGCCCGGAACCUUCACCCCGACUCCGCGUGCAACCUCCAGUAAUUUAAAGUGAGGCCGAAGGGCGAGUUGCGGGAGUGUAGUGAUUCCAAGCGUUCUACCAAAUGAAAUGUAGCCACGGUAGACAGCUUCUGCGGUAUAAAAACGUUCUGAAGCGCCAUUUUAAAGCUUGCUACAUCCCCGCUGUGAGUUGGAUGGAUCAGAUAUAUCGAUAUCUCAUGGUGAAUGUACCUCGCUCAGAAUGUGAUGGUCUUAUUUAGACUUCACUUUUUAACAGGAUGCUAUGGGACUAGGUUUCUAGCCGUUAUUAUUCUAAGCACAUAAUUCACGAUGGCCUAAGUAAGAUAGCGCCGUUUUUUAUGAGAUCAUGUCAAUUCCCCAUGUAUAUAGUCGUGCCAUUGGAUGUUGUGUAAACUCAGGGUUUUCAUGUAGCUGUUGUGUUUUUUCUAUUGGGGCCGUGAACGGACUAGAGAUAAGUCCUUUCAACCGUUAGGUAAGAUUUAUUUUAAAGGCGGAUAUUAAUAUACAAAUACGUAUUUAAUAUUGGAAUAUGAAUUGCUAUUCCUACUUUGUGUUGUUUUUGGAGAAAAUAUUUUUUCCUAGUAUGACAAAACUUGGCAGCUGUAAGGGUAAAAUAACCUCGUUUAUGCAGCUUCAAAACAUUAAAUAUUAGACAAAAUUGUAAUCCACAUUUCAAUAUUAAACGCGUAUUAAAAACUACAUAAAUGAAUAUAAUAUACAUAACAUGAACGUAUUAUGAAAAUUAUACAACAAACAUUCAAUUAUUACCAUAGAUAAAUAAAUACUAAUAAGCGGAAAGUACUGCAAAAGAUUGUCAUUGCUAGCGCUUGACAAAAGCGUAAUACAUAAUGUCGUACAGCGCCAUCUGCUGUCAAAUUUGCGACAACAAUACUUUACGAGUUUUAGUAUUCUUUUGUCUGUUUUAACCAAAAUCGGUCAUGUCCACCUUAGUCCUUACAACACCGAAUAGUGACUAUAAAUAGGUUUUUUGUAAUAUUUUGUAUCCAUUCCACAACCUAAGAGUAAUUGUAAUAUAGGUGUCUAUUGUCCUAUGAUAUACUUAAGGAUUAUCCGUCUUAACGUAGCGAUAUAGGCGUACGAUGUUGUGUAAGCUUCGAAAUAAAUUGGUAGCCUGAUUUUAACCGAAGAAUUGUAACAAGGCUUAACUGUUAUAGAAAAACUUUAUUUAUACUCUGGGCCUCGUCAAUUUUAAACCUAACUAAAAAUGUUUCAAAUGCUAAGUCAAAAAUGUUAACAAUUGAGUCACAUAAAAAUGUAUUGAAUGAUAUCAGAGCCAUCUAGUGAAGCUAAUCAGAUGCCACCUCUUACUGCUACUUGCGUCGAAAGUUUAGUCUUACUCGUAUCUGUUUCCCGAAGGUAAAGUUGCCUAAAGUUUUUCUAUAACAUUAAGUUGUGGCAAGUUUAGUUCAAAUAGUAUUAAUUCGCUGCGGAACAUUCUGGCUCUCUUACUGUUAUUAUAAGAUUUAAAAACAAUCUUUCGUAUUCUAUUAUUCAGAGUAGAAUCAGAAUGCUACCAGCGACAAACAAUCCGAAGCUCUCCAUUAUUAUGACAAUUAUAGUAAAAUAACAUAAAAUGCAAUUUAUUUUGAUAUUAAGAGAUAAUUUUAAUGUGCUCGAAGCAUUCGUAACUCGUAAGAACCACCCCACCCUAGCGUCUCCCGAGCGUCUGCGUCUAAUCAACUCUAUGGCUGCUGCUCGACGCAACGUUGGCGCAACUGCGCAGCGACACCAUUUUCCAUAGCGCUGACUAGACGACGACGCUCAAAAGACGACGCUAGUGUGGGGUGGCCCAGAGGCGAGCUUCUCUUAGUUAUUUCGAGAGAAAAUGCUUUAAAACUUUCGGUUGACUUCCCUCCGUCUAUGGUGUUAGUUUUAUCUAUAUAGCAUUUAACUAUUUAUUUUUCAUUAAUAAUUAAACUAGGAUUAUUUUAGUUAAUCAUAGGCCAUAAAUUUAAGAGAUUUUUGUGAGAACUUUUUUCUUUUUCUAUAAAAAAAUCACAUAUUUGCACAAUAAUGCAUUUCUACGUCUCCUGAGACAACCACAUGACUGACUGGUACAAAACUACCCUCAUCCAGUGCAUUAUAUGUUUUAAGUACCCAUGUAUGUAAGUGUUUUUGUAUAUUUUUAUUAUAAAUGUAAGUGAAUGUACAACGUUUCUUUUUCAUCAUUACAAUACACUUGCCAGGGCAACAUAGCUUCUAUGAAGCUUGAAUUAUGAUCAUUUCUACUUUUUAUACUUUCUUUCUAACUAGAUGUAAGGAUAAAUAUUUAAUCGACAAGAUACUUCAUUAAAUUUUGAUGGUAUUUAGUUUUAAGGGCAUUGUCCAAUUUUACAUUAUUUAAAUAGUGCCCUAACUUUUUAUAACUUAUAUCAAAACGUAUGUCACUAAUCUAUAUUUGACAUAAUGGCGGCAUGGUCAAAUCGCAACGUAAUUUUAAGUUAUCUCGGACAGCUUCCAUUGUAGAUAUCAUUGAAGAUGAUUUAUAAUUUUAAUGGAAUAAUGUAUACUUGGAAUAAACCACCCUAAGUAGGGCUUGUUGUAUAGAUCACUUAUAUUUUUUUAACUAGGUUUCCCAGCUGUAGAAGAUUAGUUCUUGUUAUCACUUUCACUUUGCAGAAGAUCUCUAUAAGUUUAUAUAGUAUUUUUAGGUCAUUGUAGUUUCACCUUUAGAACUUUGCAAGCGGAUUUAUGAGGGCAAAUAUUGUCUUAUCCUAACCGUUUUGACUUUACCGCAUCAAGAAAUGUCCGUGCGCAUAGAUUCUAAUGGAGUUCUAUCUAGUGUUACACCACGAAGAAAAUAUAUUAAAAUGUCUAUGGUCAACCAUAGAUAUAGAGUUGUUGGAACAGUAAUACUCGAUUAUUUAUAUUUUAUUUAAAAAAUUAUAUUGAAAAUUAUUUAAAGAGUGCAGUCUUCGUUUGUCGUUGCGACGUAGCUGAUAGUGAAUGAUAGUUUCUCUUAUGUCAUGUUGUACGUAGAUUUUAAUAGAAAAUAUUUGUCUUAUAUAAAGAUACAUUAUGAUUGAAAAUAAUUAUUAUAUUAUACACAAUUCACAGAGAAUUAAAUGAAUGAUUUUUUUA